GGUGAGGGCUCCGCUCAGACAAAGGCUGCCCGCACCUGGGGGGCAGGGAGGCGGCCGCAAGCGGGGAAUGGCCCCAAAACUCCGGGAUCGGCCCCGGAGGGCGAACCCCGGCGCGGAGGGGUCACUCAGCACCGCGUAUAUUAUUUAGUUAAAUUCGUGGAAAUUCUGAGGCGCACACAAAUCCGGUGAUCGGCUCCCCGCCUCCCCAUUGGCCGGGCCGGUCACAUGCACGCCUAACUUUAUUCAGUUGACAGCAAGUAGGAGGGCUCUAUGGAAGGAGAAAAAAAGACAACACGAGAAAAAUUAGUAUUUUCUACCUUCCGAAAUUAAUGGCCAUGAGUUCGUAUAUGGUGAACUCUAAGUAUGUGGAUCCCAAAUUUCCUCCUUGCGAGGAAUAUUUGCAGAGCAGCUACCUAGGCGAGCAGGGGGCCGAGUAUUACGGGGCCUCGCAGGGCUCCGAUUUCCAGCACCAGGGGCUCUACCCACGGUCAAACUACAGCGAGCAGCCCUUUGGCUGCGCCGGUGCCCAGGGCUCCGCCGUGCAGCCGCGGGGUCACGGACAGGAGCAGUCCGCCCCUCCGAGCCACUUCCCCGGCCAAGCCGAGCAUUGUCCUCCGCCUCCAAUGUCCAACUCCCGAGCCUGCGGCCAGCAGCCAGCCCUCAAAGCCCCCCACGGGUCAGCAGUUAAGCAGCCAGCAGUAGUUUAUCCCUGGAUGAAGAAAGUCCAUGUUAACUCGGUGAACCCCAAUUACAGCGGAGGGGAACCUAAGCGCUCCCGAACAGCUUACACCAGGCAGCAAGUCCUAGAACUGGAAAAAGAAUUUCAUUUUAACAGGUACCUGACCCGGCGCCGCCGUAUCGAGAUAGCGCACACUUUGUGUCUCUCUGAGCGCCAGAUCAAGAUCUGGUUUCAGAACAGAAGAAUGAAGUGGAAAAAGGACCACAAACUGCCCAACACUAAGGGCAGGUCUUCCUCCUCCGGUUCUAACCCCCACUUACAGACUGUUCCCAAGGACCAUCAGACUGAGUUGACAACUUUAUAGAAGAGGUGACGUUUUCCAUUUCAUCCUUCGAUUCUGACCAGUACUGUACAUAAGUGACACUAUCCAAGCAGAACCUGCGUGUAGCAGCCAAGGACUCGAGAAACUGCCAUCUUUCCAUAAGGUACUGUGGUACAAAGGAGACUAAAUGACGCUACUUCGGACUUUAUUUUAUUUGCCUCUCGCUAGCACAGAAAGAAAGAAAGAAAAAAAGCACCAUUCAGGCAGUAGGAAUUGGGAAAAUAUUAAACGAGACCUUCUGUCCAUAAAAAGUAAUAAAUCAUUGAAAAUGAAACUGUCCCGUGUUUCAGUUUUGGAUUUGAAAAUGAAGGUUCGAUGCUUUAUUCUGGGAUUUUUGCUUUUAAUUGUCUUUUUAUCCCACGCAGCGAGUGUGAUGCUUUUGGAGCAAGUUGAGGACAGGAAAUUUAUGGCAUAGUCCUUUAUUUGAACACAAAGACUCGCGGUUGUGAACUUUUUGUGCUGCUUUACCUUUCUUGGUGUGAUGAAAAUUACUCGCUCAUUUCCAUAAUUUUCAGAAGCUGUGCAUAGGAAUUAAGUGAAAACGGGUUAUUUUGUGUCCUGAUGGUGUUAGCGUAUUUAUUUAUUUGUUACAUAGAAGAGUGAAGAUUAAAAAAAAGAAAAAGAAAAAAAGUCAAACCAAAAAAAUGGGAAAGAGGGGCUGAAAUGCAGCAUCUCACCUUCCCAGACUGACGAGCCCACGUAUGAUGUUUACUUGUCUUGAACGUACACAACUUUCUGGUCCCAUUUUAUGCAUUUCCUUCUUUGUUGUGAGAAGCGUCCCUGCUCCGUACCGUGUGCCACCGGGGCCAACGGGCUCGAAAUCUCUUCCCAAAGUCUGCCCUGCUCGGCGCUGUACUUUUAACCAGCAAUACGUCAUUUAAAAGGCAAAAAUAAACCACAAAGAAAAACCCGGAGUGAAAAAUCAAUGUGAUUUCUGGGAUGGUCUGACCCAUUCAGAGCUCGAAGCUACAUGCCUUAUUUCUGGCUGGGUUUAGAUUUAUUUUCUGCCCAACAGAGGGACGGGCUGUAUGGGUUACUGGUUUGGUUUUGUGCU